UUCAGUCGACCUGGCAACUCGGCCAGGUCCUUCUUCUUCUUCCACCCGCUUGGGUUGUGAUUCUGUAGUCCCAUUUUAGUUUGGAAUUAAAAUAAAUUAACUCACACUCAAUACUCGAUGGCCUUUUAGGCAAUACAUACCGAAAUGCAUUCGAAUGCAGUUAUUGAUUUGAUAUGUGUGUAUCCGAAUGGCAAAUUGCAUAACACACAUCGCGACGCCCACAAGGAGUUAGAAGAAGAAGAAGAAUCACCACCAGGAGAAGGAUUUCAGGCAGUGAUUUAUUUAUUUUUUUCGUGACAAAUAAGCUGUAAAUGCGCUAACUUGCGCCAGAAGGUAUGCAACCGCAGUCGGACAAACAAAGCGCCAGCAGACUCGCAACAACAACUAGCCACUCAACAGCAGCAAAUUCCGCAGCAGCAGGCACUCCUCCAAAAGUAAAGGUCAUCAAAAGCAAACGCCCCCUGUGCCACUUUAAGUUUUACCUGGACAUAUGCGAUCAUCAGCUUGCCAAACGCAUUGAGUCCGAUAUCAAAGCUUUGGGCGGACAUCUCGAGUUCUUCCUAAGCGACAAUAUCACUCACUUUAUCACCGAUAAGCCGGAAGCUAAUACCGGAACUCCCGGAACACCAGGCACACCCAAUACACCAACCAGUCACUAUCAACAGGAUGAUGUUUCAGCAAGGAAACCAAAUCAGAGGCAAUCAAGGGCGGAUGCUAUACUGAGUCGUGUGCGUAGGAGCACCGUUGGGGCGGCAAGUAUUAAUACCACGCCCACGACAUCCUUAAAACGAAGCUAUACCAUCUGGCAGACGGAUUACGCCCAGCGCUUUAUUAAACGCAUCCAGACUGAGCUUAAGCAAUACCUUGAGGGUAAGAAGGACUGUGGAGGAGGAGCAUCAUCGGCUAGCCCCCAUCAUAUUCAGCUAAAAAAGCAGUAUGUGAAGAUCGAAUCCGUCAAGCGUAAUUAUAGACCCUACUACCAUCUUAUUAAGCAGCCAGACGACUGGCCAAAAAUUGACUUAAGCAGCGAAGACGGCGCCUUUCGACUACUAACCAAGUCGAAAUCCAGGGAAAAAGAGCAGAGCAUGACCCGCAAGACUUUGGGUUCACGUACGUCCCAAAAAGAGAAGCAACUAGCGGGGGAAGGAAAGCCUCCUCAGCAUCCAGCUCUGCACCAGUUGAAAAAACAGACAGCAAUACCGAACAGUCCGCGUUCUAACUGUCGAGAGGCCAAGGAUUCGAGUGAUAAACAAGGUGGAGUGUGUGAGAUCUGCAAAUUGGAGUACGAUAUUUUGAAUAUCCAUUUGCAAAGCAAAGAUCACGAACUAUUUGCCAAGAAUUCUGACAAUUUUCUGGCUUUAGACACACUAAUUCGUAGUUCAGCGAAUGUGAAUCAGUUCCUGGAGGAGGAGCCCGAAGAGAGUGAAUUGGACAUGGAUGUGGAUGAAUCGUUGAGUAAUGAGGAGUUGCAGAAUCUCCGUCAGAGGCCCUCCCCAGCAUUGCGCGAAAAAUCCAAAAGGAUAACUAAGGGAAAACAUUCGUCGGAGAAAUUUCAAGGUGGAACAGUUGCCUCACCUCAAACUCCCUCUCCUGGUGGAAAGAAGGUUCUGGGAAACUUACCCGGAAGUCUUUCGGAGCUUCAGCGACAGGAACAUCCAACCACGGCUGCUGCAACGCCUACAACUACUUCGGGUCGUAGGAAAACGCUGAGCUCUGGUCUGUCACCUCCCAUAAGAGCCAUGUUACCACCUUCGUCGCUUUAUAAGGUAGUGGAAACCAGGGAAGAAUGUGUCACGCCCCCUAGAGGAAGAGGAAGGCCGCCCAGCCAAGUGGAUUCGCCCUCCCUGAUUGUCAAGUUCCAAAAGAUUCGACAAACAGAGUUGCAACGACUAAAUGGAGAGGCAGAGAACUUUAUGUUCCCUAGAACUACAGUUCCAACAACGAGAAGCAGUAGUGAGUUACCCACAGAUAUCGAUCGGCAAACGACUUCGGAUGUAAGAGGCAGAUAUAGUAUAUCCUCUGCUAGCCUAGACACCAGCACCAGCGAGGCAGAGACAAAAGAAUCUUCUGGAUUGCCCACGUCUAGCAUACGGAAGCGGGCUCAAGCGGUGGGAAGACGAAGAAAAGUAGGAGGAGGAGCAGCAAAGCAGGAGCCACUCCAACGCCAAUUAUCCACGGGGAGCAGUAGCAGCAAUAGCAACCAGCAGCGCUUUCCGAGCGCCCCCAUCCAGCCAGAAGAAGAGCUUAGACCGCAGCCACAGCCGCAGCUGAAGAAUAAAAUAAAGCAGGAGUUAGUGGUGGCCACCAGGAAAAGCAGUCGCACAGCUACGGCCAUUGUAACAGCAGCCACAGCCAGCAGUCAUCAGCAGCAACAGCUAAGGCAGACAACCAGCCGGAAAAUAGCGAAUAAACUGGAGGAUCGGAUGGGGGAAUCAGAAAAGCCUAAAAAAAAAAUAAAGAAAGAAGUAAUCGAAGUAGAGGAAGUAAAGGAGUUGAAGGAUCUAGGAGACCUAUUAGAUAACGAACUAGAAGAGGCCUUAGACAGCAGUUUGUCCACUAGCAGCGAUGAGGAUUAUAUAGCUGGCAGCCGGCGUAGAACCACGGCAAGCCAACGCAAAUCCUUGGAUACUCGUGAACAGAGGGCUGCUAGGAGGCUGUCUAGAUUAACCAUAAACCGUAGUGCCGGGGAGCUGGAAACACCAGAAGUCAAAACCUCACCGUCUAGAAAGAGUCAUGGAAAGAGUCAAAAGCCUUUGAGUCCCACAAAAAACAAAGUGAAACAAGCAAAGGUAACGCCACCAGCUAUGGAUUUGUUCUUCGAUUGCAGCAAAAGUGAAAGACUACAAGAAAUGCAGUAUACCUUCGAGUCCCUGCCAAGUAGAGAGUUGUGGAAUCAGGUGUUUGUGCGACAGGAUGCCGGUGAAGAGAACUACUACACGUACUACGGUAGUACUAACUAUAGGAAGCUUCCCUACGAAAUGGGUCCCAUACCCAUGGCCAGAACAUUGCCAGCACACAGUUGUGCUUUAUGCCGAGAGGCAAACGAUGGAAAGCAAGAAAAGCAAGCCGAGUUGAAGCAGGAAGAUCACAAACCUGUUUCGAAAAGGGAAAUUAAAAAGGAGGAAGAAGCCCAGUCCUCCUCCUCCGCAACGUACAAGAACAAAAAGCUGCACCUCCUCCAGCGUUAUCAGCAGGAACAGGAGCAACUCCAACAGUUGGAGGGUAAUUCCCUGGCCACUGCCAUAGCCAAAUGUGAUAGCAAGGCCAGCACCCCAGAACUAUUGGAAAGAGAGUUUGCCUCGGGAUCUUUGGGAGAUAGAGUGCAGCUGAUAGAGAGAGUAAGGAGUACCUCCAGUUCCAGUUGCAGCAACAGUCAGCGAAGUGGAAUAACCUGCAGGAAUAAACAGCUCGCGCGAAUUGCCGAAUUACCACCUAGAAAAUCUCCCCGAGAACAUGCUUCUACUUUAGCUUUGGUCAGUUGCAUUAUACGGCAGCGACAGGACUCCCAAAGCAAAACCAAUUCCGAAGCAGAAGAGCCUCCCCCUGCGAUUGCUCCAAAGCUAAAAACUCCAAUAAAACAGGAACCAGUGGCACCUUCAUCGCCACGAACUACUCGUUCCCAAGCUGCCACUCCUGUCGAGGAACUUCGAUUUGCCACCGAGAUUAGCGAGACUGUGAAGAGAAUGAGACGUGGACAGAACAAAUAUGAUCAUUCUCCACCAGCCCCAGCUCCGAAUCCUACACCGCAGACAUCUUCACCAUCAAGAAGUCGUCGCCUGACACCUGCUGUACGAAAUAUGGGCGAGAAUUUUUUGCGUCGUUUGGAAUUCUCAACCAGGGAAUCCUCAGCGAGUGCCCUGUUGGGCAAGCGUAAUAGAAGAGUGGUCCGUUCAGGAGCCGGAUCAGUGCGUCCUAAUACACAACAAGCUCCCGGAAUGGGUGCCUUUCGCGGAGUUCGCAAAUUGCCCAGCAAGAAGGGUCUGCUCGAAUACGAGAUGGAACCGAGUGCGCUCAAAGCUCUUGAUCAAGCCAGUCAGUAUUGCAAUCCAGGUUUCAUUGCCUGGCAGUUGGACAAGUAUCUGGAGCUAGCUGGCAAAGAGUAUGAUUUGGACGAAAGCGAACUGUCAGCGGAGAAGGAGCCGGAAGAGGGAAAACAAAUGAUUGUCAACACCCCACAGACUCCACCACCAACUGAUUGCUUCACAAGCGAGUUUGACCUGUGUGAUUUAAUUUUGGGGAGCGCUGGAAGUGGCGAUGAUGAGGAAGAUUUGGCCAGAGGAAACCAAACGAGCUCCGGUCGACGAAUAAACAAUCUUAGUCUAUAUGCAAGUUAUUAUAGAAAGAAAAAGAGCCUGAAAUCAAAUCGUACGGGUUGGCCAAAAGCUCAGAGAAGGCGAAAUGCAGGUGGACUAGGUAGUCGAUCUUUGCCUGAUGAGCGAAUUAGUUUCCAGAAAAUAGGUUUGGCUGAACCUCACCCAAUAAAGCAAGAGCCUAUGGAAACGGAGGAGGAGCAAACCACCACAACCACAACUACUACGUCUUCUGCGACAAGGGAGAAACUUCUAAGCAAAGAAGAUGAAGACGAUGAAGGAGGCGGUGGCGACAUCCCAGGCGGAGGUGAUGGCGAUAUAUCGCCUGCUGAUGAUAGACAUGAUUCCAGACAGGAAGCAGCUAUGACUCCACCAGCGACAGAUAUAGAUGAACAGGUUGAACCGGAAGUCGAUGAAAUGGAAAGUCUACCCGAAGAAGAUGAAACCAUGGCGGAUUCUGUAGAUCAACAGCAAGAUGAUGAGGCGGAAAUCGAAGCCACUGAUGCGGAUGUCGAGGAGGAGGAAGAAGAGGAGGACGAAGAUGUGUUUGAAGAUGCCUUCGAAGAGCAGGAAAUGGGCAAGAAAACGGAGCCGCCGGAAAAGCGAGCACGGAUACCUGCCAUAUCCGUAACCACGCCACCUGACGAGCACUUAACGCAGGGCAAGAAACUCAUGCUCACCCUGCACAAUGGUCAAAGACUUCACCCUACCUCCACUCCAACUACCGUGCAAGUUCAACAGCAGCAGAGGAGAACUCCCCAGCUGAACGGAAGCCUAGGCAGCUGCAUUUCGCCAAGUGAGAAACUGGGAGACAAUUCUGACAUCUUCACCGUUUCUUCGGAUGGACUGGAUACCGAUCUGGAUCUGAGCAACACCCAGGCGGGCGAUUCCCACGAACAUUGUCCACACCAGACGACGCCUAAGCGGAAGUUCGACAUCUCCAAGUAUGCACCACCAAAUAAUGGAAAAGCGGCUAGCAGUUGUGCCGCCGAAGCGGCGACAGCUGCCGUGAAAUCCCUGGCCAUCUCGCAGUUCCUCAAGAAGGAGACUUGCGCAAACUCAUCAAAUAUGAGGAACGUCUGGCGGAGAACACAAAGGAGGACAAUUUCAACGGCCUGCAUAAACGCGGCACCGUCAGCUCGCGUGCCAAAUUAAGUGGCGAGAAAGAUAAGGAGAAUGCGCCUCCAUCGUGUUCUUGUCCAUCUGCCAAGGAGAAGGAGCCCAAGACUGACAAGAAUGAUGACCAGCAGCU